UUGACGGCGGCGUCGCCGUGCCCGGUGCCGGGCAGCUGCGUGCGGGGAGGCGGGGAGCCGUGCCGGGCUACGGCCGAGGGCGGCGGGAACGGAACGGGGAGAGCCGAGCGUCGGGUGCGCCUUGCCGGUUCCCCGUCUCGGCGGCGGCCGCCUUCUGCGGGCCCGGCGGAGACGUGGCAGGGAGCGGCGAGCGCAGCUGCGCGGCUGAGGCGCAGCCGCUGAGGCGGAACGGCGCGAGGCGAGCGACCGUUGACAGCUGGUGCCUGGCGGUGCCGGGGCCGCCGCCCUUCCGUCUUUCGUUAGCGGGCGGCUGAACUGCGGAAACGGCCGCCUGGAGCGCGUGUGGUAGCGGACGAGCCGCAGGCGGCCCUGUGCAGCUGUGUCUGCUGCGAUUGGGAACAGGAGCUGUUUGUGAAAGAGAUCGAGGCCGGCUUGGGUGGAACCCUGGGCAGCCUGGGCUGGGCACUGACAGCAAGGCAGCAGAAUGGAGAGCAAGUGCUGUCGUCGCUCUGCAGUUUGCUCCAAGACAACCAUCUACACCUUUCUACUUGGAGGAGUCUUCAUUGCUCUGGGCUCAAGUCGAAUCCUCCUGAUGAAAUAUUCUGCUAAUGAAGAUAACAAGUACGAUUAUCUUCCUACAACAGUGAACAUAUGUUCUGAAGUAGUAAAACUGUUCCUGUGUGUGAUAUUGGCACUAUGGGUUAAGAAAAAAGAGGGCUGCUUAGAUCAUCCGUUCGGCUGUCUUUCCUGGAAGAAUUUUUGUAAUUCCAUGAAAUGGUCAAUUCCUGCCUUCCUUUACUUUUUGGAUAACUUGAUUGUCUUCUAUGUGCUGUCCUACCUCCAGCCAGCAAUGGCUGUCCUCUUCUCAAAUUUUGUCAUUAUAACAACAGCUCUUCUCUUCAGGAUAGUGCUAAAGCGAAAACUCUCUUGGGUACAGUGGGCAUCUCUGGUUAUCUUAUUCUUAUCCAUCGUCGCCCUGACACUAGGAACUGGAGGCCGUCAGCAAAGCUUGGCUGUGCAUGGGUUCCAUCACAGUAUGUUUUUCAGCCCAUCUAACCACUGCCUUCUUUCUAAUGGACCAGAGGAAAUGUGCAUGGAAAAUGGUAGCUGUGGAGCACCAAGAUUCCUUCCCACCUUCCGGUGGAAUGUUACAAGUACCAUGGCAGGAGCAUUGAAACCUCUACGACUCAGUCUGGGGCAUCUGCUUAUUCUAGUGCAGUGUUUCAUUUCUGCCCUGGCUAACAUCUACAAUGAAAAGAUAUUGAAAGAUGGAGAUCAGCUUGGUGAAAGCAUAUUCACACAGAACAGCAAACUGUAUGCCUUUGGAGUGUUGUUCAAUGGACUGAUGCUGGGCCUACAGGCUAAGGACCGGAGGCAGAUAGAGAAUUGUGGUUUCUUUUAUGGGCACAACAUCUUCUCAGUGGCUCUCAUAUUUGUCACUGCUUUCCUGGGGUUGUCUGUAGCCUUCAUCUUGAAGUUCCGAGACAAUAUGUUCCAUGUUAUGACAGCUCAGAUCACCACUGUCAUCAUCACUACUGUGUCUUUUGUCAUCUUUGACUUCAGGCCUUCUUUAGAGUUCUUUUUAGAAGCUCCAGUAGUGCUUCUCUCCAUAUUCAUCUAUAAUGCCAGUAAACCAAGAGGCCUGGAAUAUGCUGCUAUGAGGGAAAGGGGCAAGCUCUUCAAAGGAGAUACAUGGGAGAGGUCAAGUGGGGAUGGAGAAGAAUUUGAGAGACUGAACAAACCAAGUAGUGACAUUGAUACAGAUGAAGAUUCACUCUAGAAUGGAACAGGCUGAGAAGAAUGCUAUUACUCAUAGUGAGGGAAUGUUCAUGUUCCCUUUUUCCCUUUUUGCAGAAUGAUUGAGAUUUCUUUGAGCCUAAAUGUUGGAGACAGAUGAGGAAAACAUUCAAACUCUUAAUUUGAGCCUCACAUUUUUGAAAGCUGCUUUCCCUCUUACCAUCUCUGCAAAUGAAGAGCUUAAAAACUGAAAUAAACCAAGUUAUAAUUGAUAUGAACAAGA